AUGGCUGAAACCAGAGAACAGAGGAUUCUGGAGUUUGUGCUGCAGAAUGCAGUACGUGGCAACCCUCAGAGUGUGCUGGACCAUAUUGAUAAAUAUUGCCGAGAAAAGGAAUGGGCCAUGAAUGUGGGAGAUGAAAAAGGCCUGAUUCUGGAUAAUGUGCUUCAAGAAACUAACCCCUCCAUGGUUCUAGAGCUGGGCACUUAUUGUGGUUAUUCCGCCAUCCGUAUAGCUCGCUUACUGAAGCCUGAAGCUCUGCUGCUCACCAUAGAGAUGAAUCCUGCGCACGCUGAUGUGGCCAGACAAAUGAUUGAGUUUGCGGGAGUUAAAGACAAGGUGAAGAUAUUGCAGAAUUCCACAGAACACAUCAUCCCCAAGCUAAAAGCAGAGCAUGGAGUAGAACACUUUGACUUUGUGUUCAUUGAUCAUUUUGGAAACAGAUAUUUGUCAGAUACUAAGUUACUCGAGGAAUGCUGUGUCCUCAGAAAAGGAACGGUGUUAUUAGCAGACAAUGUUUCCUUCCCGAAUUCUGCAGACUUCUUGGAAUAUAUCAGGACAAGCGGCCACUAUGACUGUACCAACUAUCCUGCUCAUUUAGAGUACUCAGAUAAACCUGAUGCAAUGGAGAGGGCUGUGUAUAGGAGGCAGCGGUAA